AUGCUCAAGCUUUCAUUCUUCAAGAUUUUCCUCGUCGUUCUCCUCACCAUCACCUCCAUCCUCUCCGCUCCGACCGCCGUCCACUCCGCUCCGACCUCCGUCCACUCUGCUCCGGCCUUAUUCCAUUCCACUCCGGCCUCCGUCCUCGCCGCUCCGACCUCCGUCUCCCCCUCCACCGUCAUCGGCAUUACAUAUACUUCUCCGCUCAACUCGCCUCCGUCCUCUGCGAUCGAAGGUGGAUCUGUUCUUCUGCCGCCUCCUUCGUCAUCGUCUUCAAUUGCUCUGCCUCCUGCUCUGUAUCCCGAGGCGGUGGCUUCCACGGUAUCCAGACUCCGAUUUGGUGCAGUGCGCCUCGUAAAUCCACAUCCCAACCUAAUCAGAGCAUUCUCAUUCACCAACGCCUCUCUGUUCCUGUCAAUUCCGAACGGCCUCCUGCCUCCGCUUGCUUCCAAUCGCAGUCUGGCAAUUCACUGGAUCCGCACGCACGUCCUCGCGUUCUACCCCCGCUCCAAGAUCGCCGUGAUCUCCGUCGGAGACGACGUCUCCCGGCUAGAUUCCGAGCUACUGAUGACAGCACUCCGUAAGGUCUAUUCGGCGCUUCAAGAAGUCGGGAUCACGAGGAUCUCCGUGACCUGCACUUUCUCCUUUCUCGACGUGGUCACCACGGCGAUUCCUCCUUCGGCCGCCGCUUUCAAGGAGCCGAUCGGAGAGGCGUUGAUCCUGCCGUUGCUCCGUUUCUUGGAGUCCACCAACUCCUCCUUCUCAGUAAGUGUUCAGCCGUACCACAUGUACCGGGUGCACACUCAGAUCCCGCUGGGAUUGGCUCUGUUCCAAGGAGGCGAGCAUGAUUUUUACGAUGAUUUCCAGACGGGGCUGAGGUACGGGAAUCUGUUCGAUAUGAUGGCGGAUGCUGUGUUCACGGCGUUGGCCGUUGCCGGUCACGCGAAGUUGCCGCUGAUCGUGGCCGAGUCUGGCUGGCCAGCUUCGGGAGCGGAUUCCGAUGCCAAUCUGGCGUACGCUGCCGCUUACGUGAGGUCUCUGGUCGCUCACUUGUCUUCCGGAGGGGCAACGCCGAUGGGGAAAUUGGCAACUCAGGCCUAUCUCUUUGAGUUAACUGAUGGCACAGAGGGGGAGAAUCUCUGGGGACUUCUCUUCACCAAUCUGAGUAGGAAGUACGCCUUCCACGUCCCUGAGCCAAUUUCCGGCUCCGGCUCCGGCCGCCAAUCAGUGUCAAUCCAAGUCUUGCCUGCACCCGCUGAUUCGAUUCCGGUGGUGAGAAUGAUUGCCGUCACCAUACUGGUUGGAUUC